AUGAAUAAAUUAGUAUCUACAUUUGCUAAGACUAUGCAGACUUAUGCUCCUCUUUACUCAUAUCAUUUCCCCAAUGGAUCUGUUUAUAAUAACCCAGCUGUAACAGCUAAGAGAAUAAUCAAAGUGGUUGGAGAAAGAUUAAGAAAAAUUGAUCCUGAAAGAUGGGAAUCAACUCCAAUCACAUUUAAUACUAAUUGGAAUGAUGCAGCAGGAUACGUUGAUGUAGCUACAUGCAUUCAUAUUCAUGAUGCCCUUGAAAAAGAAUUUGGAAUUGAAAUCAAAGACAGAGCCUUCUUGGUUUCAAGUAUUGAAACUGCAUUCUAUAUCGUAAACAUUCAUCACGAUAGUCAUUGAAGCAAUAUCAAAUAAAAUAUAUUAAAAACAAAAUUAUAUUAAUGUCACAUCUUUUUGA